AUGUCGAGCGAAGAAACAAAUGAUAAUCAGGAUUGUAAUGAUGGUUCAUGUCAAUGUGGUCUAUUUCAUAUUCUUCCACCUGAAAUUUGUUAUUUGUCAGCAGAAUUUAUAAUUGAGAAAUUUAGUCUUGUUUGUAAACCACUUCGUAGAUUAAUUCUAUCAUCUCAAUCGUAUUGGAAAUAUAGAUAUGAAAGACGUGUUCGAGUACCUUAUCGAUCUAUACCAAAUACACAUGAAACAUGGGUUAAUGUUUGUCAUCAACUUGAACGUAUGGGACAUGAAUGGAAACAAUGUGCUGAACAACAUCAUAAUAUACUUUCUAUAUCAGGUGCACAUAUUGGUCCAAUAGCUGAUACAAUUCUUCUUGAAAAUGGUUAUACAUGUGUAACAGGUAGUCGUGAUUCAUCAAUAUGUUGUUGGGAUUUACGACUACUAGUUCGGCCAGAAGAAACAAAAGUAUCGAAUGCAUUCGGUUCACCAUAUGUAUUUAAACGAGCUCAAGAUCUACAACAACGUUGGAUUUGGUCACUUGAUCAUGAAGGAAAUAUUCUAUCAAGUACAUCAUCAAAUUCUGAAAUUCGUCUUUGGGAUAUAAAUGAAGAAAUACGUGAAAUAUCACGAAUAAAGUUACAAUCAACAUUUGCAAUGACACAUCGACUUCGAAAUUCAUUACUUUAUGCUGGUGUCUAUAAUGGUCAUUUACAUGUUUACGAUACGAGAAUAAAUCAUACAGAAACAAAUAAUACUCCUAUACAUAUCGAACGAGUAACACCAAGAGGUUAUAUUCAUGCACUAGAAUUACAAGAUAAUUAUAUUUUGGUUAUACAUAAAUCAAGCACAUUAUGUUUAUAUGAUCAACGAACAUGGCAAAAACUAGAAAAUGUUCCAUUAAAUCUUGGUGAACGAGUUUCAUCGUAUUACAAAAAUUCACUUUUAUUUCUUGGUGAUAAUAAAGGUUUUGUACAUGUAUUUAAUUGGAAAAAUGAUCAUUGUGAAUUUGUCGAAAAAAUUCCAACUGAACAUGGAUGUCAAAUAACGGCAUUAUCUCAUAGUCGAGGUAUACUUCAAACAUGUACAGCAACUGCCAAGACAUUAGCUAUUGAUCAACUUUCAACUCCUAUAAAACAUCUUGCUCUCAUUAAAGCUGAUACAUUGGAUCAACAUAUUUGUAUGGAUGCACAUGAUAAUGGUUUAACAGUUAUUGGUGGAAGUGAUAAUAAUUUAAUUACUGUUUAUCGUGAUGAAUUUCGACGUUGUUAUACUUUAUAA